AUGUCUGAGAUGGGAAUUCACUCCACCGAGCUUCCGCUGCCUUCGCCAGCGGUCACCAAUGUCUACCCCGAGAACACAUUAGACGCCGAAGAUUGGAAACAUCGUCCACCAUAUCACACCCAAGGUCAUGAAGAAUUCGGACCGAUCAAGUGGAAGGCCUCAUGCCAAUGUGGAAGAGUCACCUAUGCGAUAAACCGCGACCGACCGUUAAACGCCAAGUUUUGCCAUUGUCGAGGGUGCCAGGUCAUGCAUGGCGCACCUCUCCAAUGGGCGGCAAUCUUUCACAAAAAAGAUAUCUCGUUCACAAAGGGGUCCAGUGGCCUGUCAUUCUUCUCAGCCACCCUCAAUUCCCAGAAAUACGAUAUGCCCACCAAAGUGUCGUGCAGCUUCUGCCAUACCCUCAUUAUGGACGAGGGACGCAGCACAUGUUUGUUGUAUCCGCAGUUAAUCCAAUUCGAGGGUACGGGGGAUGAGCGACGGAAACAAUUGGAGAUCUUCAAGCCGACGUGUCAUAUUUUCUACCAACAGCGGAUGUUUGACAUGCCCGAUGGAAUGCCCAAAUGGUCUGGGAUGGAUAACCAAAGUCAGCUGCUCGAUGACUAUGGCAAACCAACCCAGUGA